AUGGCAAACAACUGUUACAACAUGGUGGUCACUGUGAUGCUGCUGGUGGGCACCGAGAAGGUGAGAGCCACGAAGAACCCCUGUGACGACUGUCAGCCUGGUACUUACUGCGAUAAAUACAAUCCGGUCUGCAAGAGCUGCCCUGAAAGCACGUACUCCAGCACAGGGGGACAGCCGAACUGUAACAUCUGCAGAGUGUGUCAAGGUUAUUUCACGUUCAAGAAGCAUUGCUCCUCUACCCACAACGCGGAGUGUGAGUGUACGGAGGGAUUCCACUGCUUGGGGCCACAAUGCACCAGGUGUGAAAAGGACUGUAGGCCUGGCCAGGAGCUAACAGAGCAGGGUUGCAAGACCUGUGGCUUGGGGACGUUUAAUGACCAGAACGGUACUGGCAUCUGUCGACCCUGGACAAACUGCUCUCUAGCCGGAAGAUCUGUGCUUAAGAAUGGGACCAAGGAGAAAGACGUGGUCUGUGGACCCCCUGUGGUCAGCGUCUAUCCAGUUACCACCACUACUGCCACUACUGCCACUACUGCCACUACUGCCACUACUGCCACUACUGCCACUACUGCCACUACUGCCGUGACUACUCCAGAGGGAGAGGCAGGAGGGCGCUCCUUGCAUGUCCUUACCUUCUUCCUGGCGCUGACAUCGACCUUGCUGCUGGUCCUGAUCUUCAUCAUUCUCCCGUUCUCUGUGCCCAAAUGGAUCAGAAAGAAAUUCCCCCACAUAUUCAAGCAACCAUUUAAGAAGGCCAUUGGGGCAGCUCAAGAGGAAGACGCCUGCAGCUGCCGAUUUCCAGAGGAAGAAGAAGGAGGAGGAGGAGGCGGCUACCAGCUGUGA